AUGGGUAACACAGACCUCGUGGGCUGGGUGGCUGGUACCCACAGUGGAAAUGCAGUUAAAUGCCACUCCGGAGACAACGUUGUCGAUACAAGCCGUAAAGCUUUCCAACGUCACGGGGAGAAUCCAGCUGCGUGUACGCAAGCCCCAACGGUCCCGCAUUUUGGGCGGCUUCCGCGAAACUCGGCGGGUUCCUUUGGCAGAACCAUGGUAGCACUGGGCGGGCUCUCUCCCUCCUGGCACGUGUGGAGCGAAAGCGAGGACUGCUUACCUUUUCUACAGCUUGCACAGGAUUACAUCUCCUCCUGUGGGAAAAAGACACUCCAUGAAAUAUUGGAAAAAGUCUUCAAAUCCUUCAGACCCUUACUUGGGCUUCCAGAUGUUGAUGAUGAUGCAUUUGAAGAAUAUAACGCAGAUGUGGAAGAAGAGGAACCAGAAGCUGAUCACCAACAGAUGGGUGUCAGUCAGCAGUGA